AUUCAUCUUCUUCCACCACAGAGAGAGAGAGAAAAAGAGAGAGGUGAGUGAACUCGGGAGUCUACUUUACAUGAGGGACAAGCCGUUUGGGAGGAAAAUACUGCCGUGACAUCAAGCCGGGAAGCACUUUCCUCGUCAGAAGGAGCUGAAUUUUCCUUCAAAUAUAACAGGAGAGGUGAGGCAUCAUGGGGAAACACAACAGCAAGCUGGCCCCGGAGGUCCUGGACGACCUGACCAAGAGCACGGAGUUCAACGAGGCAGAGCUCAAGCAGUGGUACAAAGGGUUCCUCAAAGACUGCCCCUCAGGCAUUCUCAACCUGGAGGAGUUCCAGCAGCUCUACGUUAAGUUUUUCCCGUAUGGCGACGCAUCAAAAUUCGCACAGCACGCCUUCCGCACGUUUGACAAGAACGGCGAUGGGACCAUCGACUUCAGGGAGUUCAUCUGCGCUCUGUCCAUCACCUCCAGGGGGAGCUUUGAGCAGAAACUCAACUGGGCCUUCAACAUGUACGAUCUGGACGGAGACGGAAAGAUCACACGCAUGGAGAUGCUGGAGAUCAUCGAGGCCAUCUACAAGAUGGUCGGCACGGUGAUCAUGAUGCGCAUGAACGAGGACGGGCUGACGCCUCAGCAGCGCGUCGACAAGAUCUUCUCCAAGAUGGAUAAGGACCACAACGACGAGAUCACCCUGGAGGAGUUCAAAGAGGCGGCCAAGUCCGACCCUUCCAUCGUCUUACUGCUGCAGUGUGACAUGCAGAAGUAGAAGGGGAGGGGAAGGGCAAGAAAAGAAGGAAGGGAAGGGAAGAGAGGGUGAACUGAAGCUAGGGAAGUUAGGAGGUUGAGAAAAGACAGGGAGGGAUGCGGUCCUACAGGAGGAGGAGGAAGAGGCAUUGACGAUUGAUUGACACCAUUCCGUUUAUUCCCCACUCUGCUUUACUCUAGAUGGGAGGCUUGACAAAUUCAGUCAGAUGGUCUGUGAAAAGUGGAAUUCCCUCCUGCUGCAUUUGGUGCAUAGCAGAGCAGCAUGGUGUUACUCGUGCUUUCACACUGUAUUGGACGUGAGAUCACAAGGCUGCGGGGUAACAGCAGUGUUGAGAUCAGCUAUCUGACGGAGAGUGCUAUUUUAUAUUCAUGGAAUACCAGACAUUUCAUAUUAUUAUUGCCUUCAGUCCUGGAGACUGGAGGUACAGUAGACACACUGUUUUGGUCAGACCAUGGCUGCACUGCUUUAGAUUCUUCCCUAGAAAAAGUUCCCAGCUGCUUCCAGGGAGCGUUUUUGUGCCAGAUUAUGGCUGAGUGUCCACCAGCUAAACACUAGGCUGGCAGCUGAUGAAACGUGUCGCCCGGCUGCCUCCAGCGGCGUGGCCAGGCAUACUGAUGUGCUCCGCAGUCACUUCUUAGCUGCCCCCCACAGCUUUGAUAACAAAAAUCAAUAUUUUGUCAAAGGACUUUGUAAUCUGGUUAAUGCUUAGACUUGUUCCGCUUGUGACGCAACCCGUGCUUUUGUUCUUCAAUCUCUCUGAUGUAUGUCGAAUCCUGCAAACCCCGCAGUCUUUCAUCAGUAAAACCACUUGUUUGAGCAACAAGAGGAGGCACUUGACCAUCUCGGCGCGGGGAUAAUCACAGCAGUAAUUAUAGAUCUUAUGACAGAAUGGUAUUUCUGAGAAAGGCCAAACCUGCUACGAUGAUUCACCGUUGUUUCACAUUAAAUAGCCGUCUCUCCUCUUCCUCUGCCUGCGUCCUGCUGCUGCCCCGUUUUUUUUCUUUCUUCCUCCCUAAAUGUCAGAGAGGAAGCGCUUUGAUAAUGGGUAAAGGGAGAGGAACUUUGCUCAGAUCUACAAUCGAUGAGAAACGGAGCAAAGGGUUGAAGAGGUAGCUCAGGCGUUGUGUGUCACCUGUGGUAAUCUAGAUGAAAGAAAAAAACUGGAUGGUGUAUCUACAUAUUUGCAUUAAACACCCAAAAAUACACAGAAACAACUAGUGACCGUUUAGCCAAGAUCCACAUCAACCUAGAAUAGGCAAUCUCAGAGUUAUAUGGUUAUACCAGUCUGAGACUACUUUAAAGUUAGCCAUCCUCUGCAGGAUUAUAGUUUUAGCAAUGGCAUCAGAGGAAGUAAACAAAGUCGUUCAGUCAGUGUUUGCCACGCUUCCACAUAUUGAACAAUUAAAGUCACAGCAAGAGGGAUGUUUAAGACAUUUUAUUUCUGGCAACAAUGUCUUGGUCCUACUCCUCAUGGGGUUGUUUACAGAGCAUACAACUUCCAGUUUGCCUCAUCGAACUGGUGCAUUACGUAUGUCACGUCCAAACAUUAGCGUCUGGGUAAAAUCAGAUUCAAUCAUUUAAAACAUCAACUGAAUCCAUACCUGCAGAAAUGAAUCGUUUGUCAAUAGCCGAGGGUCCAGACCCCUCCAAGUGUCUAAAUGUCACUCACCAAUGACAUUCUGGAUGCUGCAGCAUCUGGACUGCGACUGAUAGGUUGUCCCAGAAAGACACACUUUUGCUCCUAAAGAUAUAUUUGACUCGUCUCAUACAGCUUCAGUUCUCUUGUUCUAAUUGGAAGCGUUCCAAUAAGGAGCAGUGCCAGUCUCCCCUAAAUAACACAACCAGGCGAGAAGGCAUAACAUUCUUUAAAGUUCUUGCUCUACCAACAUCAUAAUAAAACAAAAGCAUAAACUUAGCUUGUCCACACAGUUGGAGGCGCAAUCACACACAUAGCACCAAUAAAAGACAAGGGGAAGUUGAGUUUCAUCAUACUCCCAUACCAGUUAUUUUAAAAUGCCACAAAGAGUAAAGCAAGUUGACUCGUCCUCAUUAGUUUGUCUUGAAGACUGGGAAUUAUGUUAGCGAGAAUGUCCCAGAGAUAUUGUAGUAAACAUUGCGUUUGUGUCCAAAGUAAAGACGAUGAUCUUCUCCUCCACUGCAGACGCUCCCUCCCUGGUUGUUCAGAAAGAGCCUCUACAUGUACAUUAUUAUAAUACGAGUGUAAUCGUAUUUAUGAAUAUAAACAAAUAUAAGAUGUAAAUGUACGGAUAGUGUAGACCUGAUUUCAUUUUACAACACUGCUAUUGAGAGAGAAAGAGUGCAUCUGUGUGUGUCUGAGUAAUACUGAACUGACAUCAGAGCUCUGCGUGUGUGUGUGUGUAUGUGUGUGUGUGUAUUUAGGGGGUUACUGUUUGAGUGUUCAGUGUUUUGUAUUUGUAUCAUUCGCGUAACAAGAGAUGCCUCAGUCUAGUUUCACUUUGUAACAAUGUGAAUGUGACCUCCACUCUGAAGCACUGAGUAUUAUUACCCUAACAUGUUUGCUUUUGUGAUCUGCUGGUAUACAUGAUGUACAAUCUGCCCCAUGAAACAGCCUACUGUCGCAAUGCUACAAGUGCUAAGCCUAUACGAUGGUUAGCUUGCCCCAAACAGCAGAGCUGACAGUUUGUUAUCUAGUUUUGAGGAGAUGGAGGUGAUAAAGAAGCAAUGCUGUGUCACAGUGCCACCUAGUGGUCGGAAGAAAAUGGUCACGUCUGGAAGCAGUUCAGAUGCUGCAUAUUCCCUGUUUCAGUACAUGAUAAACCGCCUUGGAGAUCAAAGUGAAAAGCAUCCUCCAUUACAAGAGAUUGUCUUAUAUAACUAACAGCCAUAUUUAUUCCCCUCAACAUUAUGGUAUGAACAAAUAGCAUGGUUAAUGUUGAUCAAAUAAAGCCCAAUGUGGAAAAAAUGUAAAGCUACGUAUUUAAAAAAAAAAAAAAAAAAAUUAAUUGACUUAACAUUUUUUAUUUUUUUAUGAAAAAGGCUGAAAAAAAGAGUCGGACUUAUUGGCCAAUAUUUCAGCAUUACCUUCUAAUCAAAUUAAGAAAAAGCGACUCAGAAAUCUGUCAACUAAACUACAACCUCUUUUAAUGCUAGGACUGUUUUAAGGCUUUAUUGUGGUUUUAGCUGUAACAGGAAGCAUCUGUCAACAGCAGCUUCUUACUAUCCAAACAGAAUAAAAUUGUUGGCUUCAUGCUUUUAAAAGCGUUUAAGGAGGUUGGACUGAAGCAUCUUCAGAUGGGUUUUAAAUUUACCUUCUUGGUAAGCUAAAAGUUUACUUAAGACACAUUUUAUUUCCUGGUAGUUAGCUAGGUGUGAUUUACACCAGGAUGCUGUUAGUUGUUUACACAAAAGUUUUCCCACUUUACAAUCAUUUAUAGAUCAGUAUGCAGUUUUUUUUGUUUGUUUUUUUUAAACAAUACCUCACAUUGCUAUCAAGUCUUAUUCUUCUCUGCUUUGUGUAUUUUUUGUGGCAGCACCACAUAUAGGCCUGGCUAUAGAACUACAACAUUUAGAAUGGGCUAAUCUGAGAGGGGCCAAGACCAAAGCUGACUUUUACCUUCUAGAUAAAACUCCACUCUCAAAAACAUCAAGGAUGUUUAUGUGAAUGCUUUUUACAAACCUUUAAACUAUCAACAGGUUUGCUUUAACCGGUAUUCACACACAAAAAAAAAAAUAUGAUCAUUUGUAUAGAAAGUGGAGGUUGGAGGCAGUGCACCACCAAUAAUCUUCCAGGGUGAAGCAUAUACUGAGAACAGAAGAUAUUAUUCAUUUCCAGUCAGUAUAAAAAAUAAAUAAAAUAGCAUCAACUACUGUUGUAAUAUUUAGCAUUUUGUUACUUUACUUUUAUAUCAGAAAGUUAUUCUGUCUGAAAAUGCUAGCAAGAAUUAAACAUGGCAAGAUAACAGAUGGUGCAUUUUCUUUCACCUCCAUUUUCCAUUAAAUAAUCAUUGCUACUGUAAUUAAGUGUCAAACAUGAAGAUAGUUGAAAGGCUCUGUUAAUAUUAAACACAUGAGCAUGACAGUAGAAUCAGAGUGUCACUUGAAGCAUGAAAUAAUUGCUGCUUUAGCUUUUGUUUGCCGUUUAUACCAGUAAAUAAACACCUGCCUGUAUUAUUUGUUUAUAUAAUUUACAUUUGCAUUAAAUAUUAUAGGAAAUUGAUCUGGCAGACAAACUAAGAUGAACUCCAUGACAUAGGUGGUGUUAUUAUUUGCCCGUCCCUCUGCCUUGCUGCCUCCCUUUGUGCCGUUUUGAGUCUCUACAUCAUUGACACAGACACGGUUAGUCAUCCAAUUUCACAUGUGCCGGUUUGCUGUAAAAAGCUCUGAUUGGAACAGAUCGGCUCACACAGUAGAUCCACAAUGUUUCUGUCUUCGCUCUGUUGUGUUGAUUAGACUUCAUCCACUCUAAUUAAGAUUCCUGUACACACACCCCCACACAGCUGCAGAUCAUAUGGAGGUUUUUAUUUGACGCAUGACCCGGUUCAGAAUGUUGGUGAGAAAAGUCCAUCUCUUAUGUGCCAACAAUGGGAAUGGGAUUGACCGACUGUGUGGAGCUCAUUGUGAAUUGCUGAUGUACUUGUUACAUGUGAUGCGGUUCUAAACAGGCACCUUAACCUCUGUGACAUGAAUACAAACACAAGUUGUUGUUUUUUUU